AUGAAGCAAUCUCUUUUCACUACUUUUGUCGCUCUUGCGGCUUCCUCUGCUGGUGUCCGUGCUAGCGAGAGCCUGAUCAGCGUCCCUGCUAACCUGUGCGCUGCUAUCCUCGGCGAGGCAGAGUGCAAACAGAAGACCUCAUCCGAUGAUGGUUUGAUCAGCGUUCCCGUCAACGCCUGUGCUGCCGUCCUCGGAAAGGCCAAGUGUGACCAGGUCUCAGGCUCUUCUUCCUCCGACAGUGGCAGCGAUGAUGGCAGCCUGAUCAGCAUCCCAGUUGGUCUGUGUGCUGGAAUCUUGGGCGAGGCUGAGUGCAAGCAGCAGAGCGUGUCUGGCGGUCUCAUCAGUAUCCCCGUCAACACUUGUGUUGCUGCCCUUGGUAAGGCCAAGUGUGACCAGGCCUCUUCUUCUUCCAGCGGUGACAACAGCAACACCCUCAUCAAUGUUCCCAUCAACAUCUGUCUCGCUGUCCUCGGUGAGGUCGAGUGCGACCAGAGCUCUAGCUCUUCCGGUGGCUUGAUCAACAUCCCCAUUAACCUCUGCCUUGCUGUCCUUGGCGAGGCUGACUGCCAGGACAAGGGUGUCUCCACCUCCACUGAGACCAUCGGUGCCUCAACCACCGCCUCCACCGGUCCCUCCGCCACCACCUCUUGCACCGAGUCCGGCGCCCAGACUACCGGCCCUGCCACUGGCCCUACCACCUCGGUCCCCGUUGUUCCUACCUCGGCCCCUGCUGGCCCCAGCGGCUCUUCACCAGUCGUCUCUGGCUCCCCCGUCCCCACCUCCGGUGCACCAGGUCCAUCAGGCUGGUCUCCCGUUGGAAGCUCUUCUCCCUCAGCUCCCGCUGGCUCUGCCCCUACCUCCACAAUCACAUACACCAAGACUGUUACUUCCUGCCCCGCUGGCUGCACUGGCAAAACCACUCUGAGCCGUGCUACCCCUGCUCCUUCAGCUGGUUGGACCUCCACCCGCUCAUGGAGCGUCCCCAACCCCUCUUCUUCUCCAGUUGCUCCUUCCGCUACUCCUUUCAACGCAGCUGGUCGCGCCACUUUCUCCGGCGUUGCCGUUGUCUUCGGUGCUAUCGCCCUUGCUUUCCAGAUUUAA